AUGGCAGGUUUCGCGCAAAAAGGCCUCAAGAACAUCCUUCAGAAGAACCCUCGCGAUGUCGUGUUCCUCUCCGCCCUUCGCACACCUGUCACACGAGCGAAGAAGGGUGGCUUAAGAGAUGCAUACGACCAUGAAUUGCUUGCUGCAGUCCUCAAAGCCACCAUCAACAAGUUUCCCAACCUCGACCCUGCAAAGAUAGACGACGUAUGCAUCGGCACUGUCCUCGCUGAGCUUGGAGGCUCAAAAGCUGGCCGCAUGGCGGCGAACCACGUCGGCAUUCCGACCACCACAUCCUUCAGCACCACGAACCGGGCCUGCGCCUCAGGAUUGAACGCCGUAACCAACAUUGCAAAUGCCAUUGCUGUUGGACAAAUAGACAUUGGUAUCGGCGGUGGAAUGGAGAGCAUGACUCGCAACUACGGCAGCCGCGCCAUCCCCACAGAGCUCUGGCAAGACUUGAAAGACAGCCCAGUGAAGCAAGCUCGGGACUGCAUAAUGAACAUGGGCGUCACAUCCGAGAACGUAGCCUCACGAUACGGCGUCUCGCGAGAAGACCAAGACGCAUUCGCCGCACGCUCACACCACCUCGCCGCCAAAGCGCGUCAAACCGGCCUCUUCGCAAACGAAAUCGUGCCCGUAACCACACGCCGCAUCGAGCCCGAAACGCCAGAAGACGUCAAGACCAUCACAGUCGAGGAGGACGACGGCAUCCGGCCAACCACCACCAUCGAGAAGCUUGCUACCAUGAAGCCAGCUUUCAGCCAAGACGGCGCGUCAACAGCGGGAAACAGCAGUCAAGUCUCCGACGGCGCCAGCGCGGCUCUCAUGAUGCGCCGCAGCACUGCCAUCGCGCUCGGCCUCGAGAAGGAAAUCAUCGGAAAGUGGGCGGGCACACAAGUCACCGGCUGCCAGCCCGACGAGAUGGGCGUUGGGCCCGCCGUCGCUAUCCCCAAGUUACUCGACUACACGGGCCUGGCAACGAAGGAUGUAAAUGUGUGGGAGAUCAAUGAGGCGUUUGCGUCGCAGGCGUUGUAUUGCGUGCGCAAGCUGGGUCUCGAGGAUAGGAUGGACCAUGUCAAUCCUAAUGGUGGUGCUAUUGCGUUGGGACACCCGUUGGGCGCGACGAGUGGGAGGAUGCUGGCGACGUUGUUGAGUGAGUUGGGCAGGAGGGGCGAGCAGGUGGGUGUUUUGUCGAAGUGUAUUGGGACGGGCAUGGGGAUGGCGAGUUUGAUUGUGAGGGAGUAG